UACACGGUGAAGUGUGCCGAUCGUCGUCCGCCGCAGAGAAUGCACGCUCGUCGAGGACAGCUGGAAUUUCUUAUCACCGUAGAGCUCCUACCGUGGACCAGUUCCAAUCAGUGACUGCAUCCUCCCCACGUGGGUGUUGAAGGUACACUGGCGGUGGACUACUCUCGCCAGUAUUUUAUUCCAUUCUGGAUUAUCUGCUAGUGGGACUGCAAGAAGAAAGACCUGGCAUAGUUGAAGGGUGAACUUUUUUUCGACGCUGGGAAACGGUUGUAUGAGGUUUUGAAUCUAUAUAUACCGCAGAAGACAGCUGACAUCGCGUUACUUCGCCGCUCGUUAGCUUAACAGUUUUGCAACAUUUUCUCGUUACCGCUACACUUAUAUUUAGGACGUGGAAGCGAGAGCAUUUUUACUUGGUGUAAUUUACCACGAAGACUGUUUCUCCCACUUUCUGCGUUAUGAGAGCAUUUCUUGCGUGAGUUGUUUUUGUUCUUUCUCAAAGCCGGGCACAAACUGUUGGGCUCUGCGACUUACGGCAGUUGUUCUUGAACUUGCCGCUAGGAAAUUUCUUUACAGCUGGUGGUUAAAUACUGGAGACAUUCGGACGGGCUGCGGGAAAAUGAGGACUGUGAGUAGCGGCGUGUAUUGCGACUGGAGUGGGCCAUUUUAACAGCCACAAGUUACCUGGAUUUUGGCGGUAAUCACCGUGUUCCUCACAGGUGCAAAUGUACCUGUAGUGUUGUGAUCCAGGUGGACUUGAAGUCCGCAGGAUCUAAUUUUCAUACGGAUUUACCUGUGCUCUGUUUUUGCAUUAUUUUUAUUUACGUGUUUGUGAAGGAACUGUACUGAUUAUAACAAUACAGGUGUGCGGAGAAAGUUAGCUGGAAGGUUAAUUUACGGAUAUCUUGGACUGAUUUCAUUAAAACAGCGGUAUUAGAAGAUUCCAUGCGCUGGAUGUGAUAUUGCCAUUUGUGAAUUUCAUUUCAUCGGACAGAAAAUCUCCACUCAAAGAGUGUGGAUAAUCUUUAAUUCUAUCGCACGUGAGAUUGUGUACCCGUAAAGCAGUUAUUAUGGAUGUGUGCGGAUCCUUGCGCUGGACAGCCGUUAAACCUUUUUUAACAGUAGUUUUGGUGCUUGCUCACUGGACCAUGUUGAACAAAGCUGAGCUGAGGUCGGGCAUGCCAAAUGUCUGCCCGUAUCAAGAUGUAGAAAUGGCGGUUGUACGACAGCCGUGUGUCCAAGCCUUCACACGGCUGGUCAAAGUAUGGAAGCCCAAUUGUGGCUACAUGCACAACUGGUGUGUGGGCUAUGAACGCAGGACGCAUUAUUACACGACUUACCGUGAGCAGUUCCAACCUGCGUACCGCACCAAGUACCGAUGCUGUCAUGGCUGGCAGCAGAUGAGCGCUGAUGACUCGGGCUGCAUGUACAAACAGUGUAACAGCGGUGUGUGUUUUAAUGGAGGACGGUGUCGUAAUGGAGGCUACUCCCAGACCUGUCAGUGUGCGGCAGGGUUCCAGGGACCCAGGUGCCAGUACGAUAUUGAUGAAUGUGCCAAAGACAAUGGAGGAUGUGAGCAAAACUGCUGCAACACAAUUGGUUCAUUUUAUUGCAAGUGCGAAGAGGGGUAUAAGCUAUCUGCAGAUGGCAAGAGGUGUGAAGAUAUUGAUGAAUGUAAGGAGCAUAAUGGUGGAUGUCAGUACAAGUGUAUUAACUCCAAGGGCGGCUACAAAUGUAACUGCCCCAAAGGUCAAAGGUUACAUGCUGAUCAAAGAUCAUGUGUUGAAUACAGAGGCCAAAAGGGAGGUACAAAAGGAAAUAGAAAAAUUUCAAAAGGGAAGCCAAAAGCCUUAAAAUUAAGUGAACAGAUUGAAGAAACUAAUGAUGAAAAUAGGUUGAUAAUAUCCCCAGCCUUUGUUACGACGACAAUGGGUACACGCCACCCUGGCUAUUACAACCAACCAGAACAGCCGUAUAUUGCUAUGCUUAAUAUGAAAGUUCAGGCGAUGGCAGGUUGCACUGUGAAGAAUGGAGGAUGUGAACAGCUUUGUGUGGAUGGCUAUGAUGGACAGUUUCAUUGUCGCUGCCGUGCGGGUUAUAGGCUGGGAACAGAUGGAAAGUCAUGCCAAGAAGUGGACCCAUGCCGUAGGUCUAAUGGUGGUUGUGAGCACACAUGCUCCAGUGUGAAGGGGCAGGCCAUCUGUAGCUGUCGUACAGGCUAUCAGCUCACCAGGGACUUUAAGACCUGCGAAGAUGUGGAUGAGUGCAAGAAGAACAAUGGUGACUGCACCCAAUCCUGUGUCAACACAAAGGGUUCAUUCACCUGUGCAUGUAACCUAGGCUUCCAGCUCGGGGUUGACCAGAGGUCCUGUUAUCCUACCAAAGGAAUGCCUAAUUCUAAAGGAAUUGAAAUGGAAGUGGUGGACAGCUGUGCUGUGAACAAUGGUGGGUGUGCGCACACAUGUACACAUGGUCCAGGGGGUGCUGUGUGCUCAUGUGACAAGGGUUACACACUGCAAGCGGAUGCACGCUCCUGUGAUGACACAGACGAGUGUGACUUAGGGGAGAGCUGCUGUGACCAGGUGUGUAACAACAACCCUGGGGGUUACACCUGUGCCUGCGGGCCGGGCUUCAUCCUUAACCCCGAUGGCUGCAGGUGUGACGACAUUAACGAGUGUCGCAGUGAUAAGGGCGGUUGUGAACAGAUCUGUGUCAACUCUGAAGGCUCCUUCCAGUGUACAUGUAAACCAGGCUUCAGACUCGGACCCGACCUACGAAGGUGUAUCGCACUCACAAGUAUUGUCCUGGAGCCGGUGGAGCGGGGUCCCUCUCGGGGUGACAUUGUGCCCGUCCGGGGCGACCUCACCCCCCAGAUCCGUUACCAGACCACUGCACGUCCCAUCCUGUCUCUCACAGAUGCUUAUGAGCUUCAGCUACCCCAUGAACUACCAGGCAAGAUCAAGACAGAUAAUCAAACAAACACAACAGAGUGUAUUCAGGGUACUUUUGGUCCAAACUGCAUGUACACCUGUGCGAGCUGCGCCAAUGGUGGGCAUUGUGACAAGACGAAUCGAGGAUGUGUCUGUACACCCGGCUGGAAAGGACAUUUGUGUAAUGAAUCAUGUGAUGAGGGUACCUUUGGUGAUGGGUGUAAUCGGAUCUGUAACUGUCAGAAUGGAGGGCGAUGCGACCCUGUGGAUGGACGCUGUGUGUGUCCCCCAGGGGUGGAAGGGGAAAGAUGUGAAGAUGGCUGCCCCCCAGGUUACUAUGGAGAGACCUGCCGCCGUCCCUGCCCUCAAGCCUGCCCCAGUGGUCACUGUAAUCGUCAGUUUGGUUUCUGUGAGUGCGAAGCCGGCCGUUUCGGGCCAUCGUGUAAUCAGCGCUGCCCUGUGAACACGUGGGGGCCCAAUUGUGUGAGACAAUGUGACUGUGAGAUGGCUAACUCCGAUGGAUGCUACCCUCAGCAUGGACGUUGUCGUUGUAAGCCUGGUUACCGUGGACGACGGUGUGACAAGCCCUGCAAACAUGGCAACUUUGGGAAGAGCUGUAAACAUGCCUGUAACUGCCCAGAGGGUGUGAAAUGUGAUCAUGUGACAGGAGCAUGUUUGAGAGAUUGUCCCGCGGGAAGAACGGGUGAAAAUUGUGACCAGCCUUGUCACCACGGUCGAUAUGGUCGCCAUUGCACCCAUCGCUGUCAUUGUGGCGACAGUCCUUGUCAUCCCGAGACUGGGGCUUGUUCCUGUGAAGCUGGUAAACAUGGCGAACACUGUAUGGAAAACUGUCCUGCGGGCUACUGGGGCAUCAACUGCGCUGAACAGUGCCAGUGUAAGAACUCUGGGGAAUGUGACACUGUGACAGGAGAAUGUAUCUGUCCUCCUGGAUAUUUCGGCAGGAUGUGUGAAGAAGAGUGUCCAGAUGGUCGCUAUGGAGACCAGUGCCUAGGACAGUGUCUGUGCGAGAACAAUGGACGCUGUAACCCACGUGAUGGAACAUGUGUCUGCCCCUCUGGUUGGACAGGUCAAGUCUGUGACCGACCUUGCCCUCCAGGAACUUAUGGCCAAGAUUGUCGGGACAAAUGCCGUUGUCGUAAUAGCGCGGAAUGUGACCACAUCUCGGGAGAGUGCAUCUGUGCGGCAGGCUGGCGCGGGCCAGGCUGUGAUCAGAAAUGCAUCUCAGGCAUGUACGGACCAGGCUGCAGUAAGAAGUGCAUGUGCCAGAACUCAGCGGAGUGCGAUCACAUCAGCGGUGCUUGCAUCUGCUCGGAUGGUUGGCGCGGUCUGUACUGCGACAAAGCUUGUCCUCAAGGCUUCUACGGAAUGGAGUGUCGCAGCGUCUGUAACUGCGCUAACGGCGCCACCUGUGAUCAUGUGACCGGGGAUUGUCAUUGCCCACCAGGGUGGGAAGGGGACCUUUGUCGUCGUCGCUGUCCAGAUGGGCGCUGGGGUCAGGACUGUCAGCAGUCAUGCAUGUGUCGCCAUGGUGCCCAGUGUGACGGUGCGACAGGACGGUGCAUCUGUAGGCCAGGAUGGAGAGGAGCAAACUGUGAGGAGAGUUGCCCUCCUGGUUACUACGGUGACGGUUGUCAGCGGAGAUGUGCUUGCUUGAAUGAGGCUACAUGUGAUCCUGUUGAGGGGUUGUGCAACUGUACAAGCGGCUGGAGGGGAGCAUCCUGUGAUGAACCGUGUCAGUUUGGACAGUACGGACCUAACUGUGAGGAGAUCUGUGACUGUGUCCAUAGCGACGUCUGUAACCGCUUCACGGGCAAGUGUCGUUGUAAGGCAGGCUACCUGGGCAAGCGCUGUGACCAAGCUUGUCCACAAGGUUUUUACGGAGUGAAGUGUGCAGAGAGGUGUAACUGUGAGAAUGACGCAGAUUGUGACCCCGAGACUGGGAACUGUCUGUGUAAACCAGGCUGGAGGGGCAGGAGAUGUAACAAAGCUUGUAUCCCAGGGCUUUAUGGAAAGCGGUGCCAAGAGCGGUGUAAUUGUCCUGAGGGUAAACCCUGUAACCACAUCAGCGGGGAGUGUCGGUGCCCGCCAGGCUUUGGGGGAGACGGUUGUGAUCAAGUGUGUCCAGCGGGAACAUUUGGUCCCGAGUGUCGAGGUCAGUGUACCUGUGACAAGCAUCAUGCCUGUCACCACAUCACAGGGGAAUGUGUCUGCAAGCCAGGCUAUAGUGGUGUCGAUUGCAAAACAGCUAAUCCACUGCCCAUUGAGUUGACUUUGUCCGAUGCUGCUGUGGAAACUAAGGAUGUUGAGUUGCCAGGGUUACCAUCGAUGUCAGGUACUCGACCUGCUGCAGACUAACCCUGAUUGGUUGAUUCAUAAUCUUUACGCACUUACCUGCUGUUUAUUAAACAUGGUGCAUGCUAACGAGAGGAGAUUGGGCAUUUGAAUGAAACAUUUGAGAGAUCGAACAACUCUGAUUCACAUGUAUUCUUUAGG